AUGGGCCAACAAGCUUCUACAUCACAGCCAGGAACCAAAAUCCAAGUGAUCGGUGCCGGUCUCUCGCGUACGGGGACGGCUUCCUUCAGCAGCGCAUUAAGUAUCCUUUUGGAAGGCCCCGUGUAUCAUGGCGGAACACAGGCCACGAUGGGAUCACCGUCAGAGAUAAGGUCAUGGAUGAAGAUCCUGCGUCACCGGCUAACACGGGAGCCCCGAGACAGGGAGGAAGCCCUCAAGCUGAUCGCGAAGAAUCUGGAUGGAUAUGCUGCCGUCACCGAUGCCCCCCUGCGCGCAGCUGAUCCCAGAGCUCUUGGAGCUUUAUCCCGACGCAAUGGUCAUCUGCACAGUCCGGGACCCGGAAGCCUGGGCAAAGAGUCACAAGCAGCUCCGUAA